AUGAGUUUCUCGAUAUUACCAGCAGAACUCCAAAUCGAGGUCUUCAGCUAUCUUGAAAACACAGACCUCAAAGCAGUACGCGGCGUCAGCGCCUCGUGUCGCGACAAUGCCUCUCCACAUUUGUUCCGUAGCAUAAUCGCUUGUACGCGUUACCAGGCCAUGGGCGCAUUUCAGAAUAUUGCUUUGCAUCCGGUCUACCAAAAAUACGUCAAGGAAAUCGUGUUCGACGCAACAGCUUAUGACGCGGGCGAAGCGAAGGUUGAGAGUGCCUAUCAGUCUUCCGCCCUGGCAAGACCGCAUUUGAGAGAGGUCGUGAGCUGGGUCCGCCAUGGUAGAUGGAAACAAUAUCAGUCGCUAUACCAGGAGCAAGAGGAAAUCAAAGAGGGCGUUCUGCUGCAGACGGUUGCGCGAGCUUUAGAGUGGAUGCCUCACGUGGAAAGCAUUGCGUACUGUUCACAUCCACUCCACGUCCCUGUCGAAAAGAAACUGAUGAAAGAUAUCCUUGAACGGAGGGUACCAUCGCCAGCGUGGGAUGGCUCGAUUCAGGCAGCUCGGUAUGCUGCCAACCGACCAACAGAGAACGGCUUUCAUCAUCUCAUCGGUGCAAUCUGUGUAGCACAAUACUCCAACAUCCACGAAUUCCGCGUGCGGAUGCUUAGCCAUGAUGGGUACUGGAGUGGACCUCGACUAGCACUGGGAGAAUUUCAGUUCAAAGAGUCUGAUCAUCUGGAGUCGGGAAAAUACUUUUUCCGCAAUCUACGCAAAAUAGAAUUAGAUCUCGACAUGCGAUACACUGCACAGCGGCGUGAGGCGUUGGCCAACAUGCGCACUCUCCUGGCCGAAGCCAAACAUCUUUGUCAGCUACGCCUGCACGCAGAGCCUAAUCACAACAUGCAAGAGUCCCUCGCCUGGCUCACAGCGGGAGAGAACAUUUCACCCUUUGCUUCCUUGGGUUUGGGGCUAUAUUGGCCAGAACUUCGAAUUGUUGACCUUGGCCGAAUCAUUGCGACGGAGGAUGAGUUGAGAGGACUGGUUCAUCGAGGGGGGGACACUUUGACUUCAAUGAAGUUCACGAACUCUAUCAUCACAGCGGGAAAAUGGUCCAACUUGACAGAUGAGGUGGUCUACGGUACAAAGAUCAGCACCUUCAUCCUGAAUCGCGUCCAUGAGGAAUAUGUGCUUAGAGGGAUGGCAUUCGAACAUCUGCGGGGAUCAGAACAUGAGAAGUGGAUGUACGAAGGACAGCUCAAGGAGAAUACGCAGGGAGAGCGAUAUUUUUGGGAGCAUCCGGGCAAGUCAGUCUACGCGUGGCGUGACUUGCCCUCGAAUGAAGCGGGUUCAUCAGAGGUGGAUUGA